UGUGCAACUAUUUCAGUUAUAUUCUUAAUUAACGAUGCCAAGUACUUGUUGUUGUGUACCUGGAUUUCAUUUAAGAGGAGGACAUGCAUUUCCAAAUGACUUAAAAAGAAGGAAAAGUUGGAUAAACGCCAUGGCCCAUACGCAGAUUGGACGAGAACACGAUGAUAUCGUGGAGUCCAUCUCAAUCAGCUGUUGUUUGCAAGGCACGUUUUACUGAAAAAGACUACGUGCAGGAAACUAUUCAUGGGCGCAAACCCACCAUACAGAGACUUAAGUCUACUGCAAUUCCCAGCCUAUUUUCCUGGACCAAGCAAGAGACUGAAUCGUCCGCAAAAAGAAAAAUCAGGGCAGUUUCCUGUGAAAACAAAAGAACUAAACUUGAUGAAUAUUGUAGUAGAAAUCUAGAGGAAGGUUUUGAUUGUAAAGUUGGUUUUCCUGAAGAAGUCAUUCAUACUGCAGAAAGGAUUUAUGACUGUCCACCACCAACUGCCGAGCUAAUGUUGAGCUUCACAGAUGGAAUUACGCAAACACCAUCAAGGCCUAUGUUUUCCGCAGAGAAUUUUGAAAUGAAGACACUUGACACAGCCAUGCAUUUUUAUACCGGUUUAGAGUUGUAUACUAAAUUUUUAUUUGUUUUGACCACACUUGGUCCAGCAGCACAUUGUUUGAGAUACAUAUAUUUUCAAAUUGAUAGGGUGUCAGUUGAAAAUCAGUUUUUUUAUGACUUUGAUGAAAUUGAGGCAUCAUACAACCAACUUUGAACUGUCUAGAUUCUAGAUUGAAUCUAGUGUUAAGAAUAUUGUGUAUACAUGGAUUGUUUUUAUGUCUAAACAGUGGUGUGAGGCUAACACUUGGCCAUCUAGUGGUUUAGUCAGGUAUUUUUCACCAUCCAACUUCAAAUUAAAGUUUCCUACGACUUGGAUUAUUAUUGACAGCACAGAAUAUCCCGUGAUAAAACCUAAAGCUCCUAGAGCUCAGGCAACCUUUUCAUCAAAUAAAAACAGAAACACUGAAAAUUCUUGAAUGUUCGACACCUGGUGGUUUAGUCAACUAUGUCUCUAUGUCACAUAGAGCGAAUAAUUGGACUUGGCAAAACAUACAAAAUUCUAAUAAAUCCUAUGAAUGGAACUGAAACAAAACUUUCAUCUGAAAUAACAUAAAUAUAGUAGUUGUUUUAUGUUGUGUAAAUUUAGAACUUGUAUUGUGCCAAAGGAUGCAUAAAUAAAAGUGACGCAAUGAA